UUGUGCCCAAUAGUUUGUGAAGGAUAUUGAAUUGAUUCGAGAUGGCAGAAGAAUCCGCUCCAGUCGCCGCUCCCCCAGCAACCAGCCCGAAGAAAGGAAAGAAAGCAGCAGGUGGGCCGAAGAAACCCAAGUCGAAACCAACUCAUCCACCGACGUCCUUGAUGGUGAACGCUGCUAUCAAGUCUUUGAAGGAACGUGGAGGCUCUUCACUUCUUGCGAUCAAGAAGUACUUGGCAGCUAACUACAAGGUGGAUGCCAACAAGUUAGCUCCCUUCAUCAAGAAGUAUCUGAAGAGCGCUGUUGCCUCUGGAAAGUUGGUCCAAGCUAAAGGUACAGGUGCUUCUGGUUCAUUCAAACUUCCAGCUAAGGAGAAGAAGGAAAAGGCUGCUAAACCGAAAACGGCGGCAGCAAAGAAACUCAAAGCGGCUGCGAAACCAAAGAAGACGGGAGAGAAGAAAGCGGCGAAGGCCAAGAAGCCUGGAGCAGCUAAGAAGGCAGCAUCUGGGACCGCUAAAGCCGCAAAGAAAUCCGGGAGUGUGAAAGCUAAAGCACCCAAGGAGAAAAAACCAAAAGCUGCUAAAGUAGCAAAGAAGGCCCCUAAACCGAAGGCUACAGGAGGAGCGAAAAAAGCAGCACCGAAAAAGGCAGCAGCUAAGAAGUAAACAUCGCCAAAAGGAUCUUGACCUGUGAAGAUCAACAAAUUUAA